AUGUCGGCAUCAAAUCAACAGGCUGAGAGGGCACAUCGAACCCAGCAGGUAAAGGCGCAACCCUUCCGACUGGACCCAUCCAAAUCAGUUAGUAACGAUGACAGGCCUGCAAGAGAUGCCGAUCAAGAAAAAGCCGGUGCGACGAGUAAGGAAUAUGUUCGCGCGCUAGAAGAACGACUCUCUAAGAUGGAAUCGACUCUACAGCACGCUGGGAUCUCCCAACCGGAAAUUGCCCCAGGUCCUUCAACUGCAGAUGCUCAGCCUGCAGCUAGUGUGACUGGACUGGCCCCUGACAUCCCGGACACGCAGGAUCCCUCGAAUGCAAAAUCCACAUCAGCAGAUGCUCCAGAACCUGAGCAAGAGACAGAGGUCUUGUUUCCUGAUCUCGGAGUCAUGUCAGAACUCCACGCCAGGAUGCCGCUUGUCGGCGCCAUCAGAAGAUGGAUGAGCACCCCACAACCCAAGUUCACUGGCCCUACCUUUGUUCGCCGUUGUUACACGGCAGGCCUGCAGCGUCACGAUGCCAUCACAUUGUGGCUUCCCCUGGCCGAUCACGUCAUGGAGACGUUCCCAGCCCUCAACCUCGCCAACUUCCUGCCUCGUUAUGGUGGUCUUUCGGCCACGGAAAGACGUUCUGGAGCUGACGAAUUGUUCGAAAGCGCCGGAGGUUGGGCGUACGCAAAUGCUUGUAUCGCCUUGGGCGCAAGCCUCAAGUGUCUAAACGAAUCGUGCUUCCUGAUGCACCGGCCCAUCUGGUCCUUUUUCAUGAACGCCUUCGAGGCGCUGCCAGACCUUUUAGCCAGAGGCGACGACGCCAUUGCUGUGAAUGCAAUCGUCGCCAUGGCCAUUUGGAUGCAGGGCACCUUAUUUACCAGCUUGGCAAUUUCACUUGCAUCGUCCGCGUCGGCCAUGUCGAUUCGUCUUGGUUUUCAAAGGGGCGCCUGUUCGAAGCAUACUGGCGAAGUGAGCAGAAUACAAGACUGCGUUUUCUGGUCCACGUAUAUAUUGGACAAGUCGAUGAGUAUCCUGCAUGGCGUCCCGCCAAUAAUCAGCGACGACGAUAUUGAGAUUGAUCUGCCAGAAACCGGGGGUACAGUUGUGCCCUGGUUUCGCCUGCGGGCUCAGCUGGCCAAGAUUGAAGCCCAAAUCUCUCGACGACUAUACACGGCUAAGAGCUUCAAGCUCGACGGUGGCCAAACCUUCCAGACCAUUCUGGACUGUGAAGUACUUCUCGACGGAUGGAAAAACUCGUUACCAGGUACUUUAGACGAUGAAAUUGUGGACGGAAUUUCGGACGGAGACAGCUUGCAAGGCGACAAACUCGAUGUCUUCCUCGUUUUCAACAACUGUCUCUUAUUGACCCACUGGGCGUUAAGGCAUAGCAGCGAGGACGGUCCCAUUGCACUUCGUGUGGAGAGGACCCAGUCGCACUUGGAUCCCAUCCUUCAUUACGAUGUGCCUCGCUCCCGGCACUGUCUGCUCCGAUCUCGAUCAGCAGCACAGGCCGUGAUUCGGAUUUACUGCACAUACAGAGAACCUCCGUACACUUUCCUCUGGCGAUCAAACUUUUACAAGCAACGAGGUCUUUCUCUCGGUUUCUGCAACGGUUUGAGCGCGAGGAACGAUGUAGCCUCAACAGGGUUCUCAGAUCCUGUGCUACGUUGCAGCGAACAGCUCAGCUUGCCGUCCAGGAAGCGCACGAAGGCUCAGCAGUGGAAAGCCCCCUCGUCAUCACGCCUGGAACUCCUCGCUCAACGCCGAGAGAAGACGCCGAGCUUCCUGCUCGCCCAGAAGGGUACAGGAUCCAUCAGAAUUAGGCCAUCGGACAUGGCCGCCGCGCGGAGCGGCCCCUAA